AUGUAUGGAGAUUUGGCAAAUAAGCUUAUAUUGGAAGCUAAGAGAACUCAGCAAUUGGUUAACACAAAUGCUUCAUCAGAACUUCCUAUGUUUCAGGAAGAAAUGGUACACUUAAUUCUAAAAGAAGUUUCACAGUUACAGCGAAAUGCAGAAUUCUUGAAAUUACAAGAAGAAGGCGGCAAAGUGUCAAAAUGCCAAUAUUUUGUAACUAUGCUAUGUAUGGAACGGAAUAAACGGUGUCUGUUGGCAUAUGAAAAGGUUAGAAGUGAGGUUUUAGCUUCUUUAGCAUGGGAACACAAUGGGAUGGAAUUCUUUAGUGAUAUAACCGGCAAGACACAAGACAGCGGUAACUUAUCACAUUAUGAGCAGGAAUACUUAAAAGAAUACUCACAGUUGGUUUCUGACAUGAAAACCGGAGACCUGAUAGAUGUAGACUUAUCCGGUAGCCUCACACCACCCAGUGAUGUGUUCAUCGAUGUUAGAGUGCUUAGGGAUGCAGGGGAAAUUCAGACUGAAUAUGGGGUCUUCAACCUAAUCAAAGGUUCACAGUUCUUUGUGCGACAGGCAGACGUUGAAAGGCUUAUUCAGCAAGGUUACUUACAGAAGCUAUAG